AGGCGCCAUGGCCUGGAACUGGCGGUGGGGGCAGCAGGUGCUCCUGCUCGGCCUCACCUGGCUCUCCGCAGGCUGUUUCUCCCUUUUGGUGACCGUGCCGGUUAUUGAGCGUUACACAACUUUAUUUGCUUCUGUGACUCUCAGGUGUGACUACAGCACCUCUGCUCAGCUGCAGGAUGUGGUAGUUACCUGGCGCUAUAAGUCCUUCUGCAAGGAUCCCAUCUUUGAUUAUUAUUCUGUUGCCUAUCAGGCUGGGCUAGCUAUUGGCCAGGAUCCUUCCAAUGACUGUAAUGACAACCAACGGGAAGUGCGCAUUGUAGCUCAGAGAAGAGGACAAAAUGAACCUGUGCUGGGCAUUGAUUACAGACAGCGGAAGAUCACAAUCCAAAACCGUGCAGAUCUUGUGAUCAACGAGGUGAUGUGGUGGGACAAUGGAGUCUAUUAUUGUACCAUUGAGGCUCCAGGAGAUACAUCUGGUGACCCCGAUAAAGAAGUGAAGCUAAUUGUUUUGCAUUGGCUGACGGUGAUGUUGAUUGUCCUGGGCGGCCUCCUCCUCCUCAUACUGAUUGGGGUGUGCUGGUGCCAGUGUUGUCCUCAGCAUUGCUGUUGCCACGUCCGCUGUCCCUGCUGUCCAGACCGCUGCUGCUGCAAUGAAGAAGUCCUGGAACGACACCGCUUCAUGAAGCAGGCUCGGCAUCUUUUACCAUGGAUGAAGCAUCACUCUCAGUCAUCUUCAUACCAACUCAACCCACUGUUGCAGCGAGAUGUGUCUCUGCAGAGCAGUCAGCAAAUGAUGCCUUCACUUGGCCAGAUGCCUGCUAACAACAAGGUCUUGGAUCUCCUUGAGUCAGAGAUCAAGAACCUCAACUUGUCCCAGCCCCUGCUGCCUUCUCAUCAUGUUGGGGGCAGUCAGAACCCUAGUAUGCUGUCUUCUCUGGGCUCAGAGAUUGUGGAACGCAGAGUCAUCCACUUACCUCCCAUCGUUGAACGCGUCCCAUCCUCUCAGAGAAACAGCAUCUCAUCACGUCCGCAGCAGUCUAUACGGACUCCUAGACCUCGAAGCAAUACAAGCGAAGAAGAGAGGAGAUGGAGACGUCUGUCCUUGGAUGAAGUUUCCCAGUCCAGCUAUGAUCCGGAGUCUUUGGACAGACAGCGAGACCAUAGAGUCGAAAGGCGAAGAAACGAGAGCCGUCACGAUAGGUUCCAGAGUUCCAGGCCGGAUGCGCCGUCCAUGUUUCAUGGCAGGAGCAAUCUUGAGGCCUAUCCUGCAGAUUCCAGAAGGGAGUACUCUGGCCGGCCGUACUCUGACCAAAGAUAUCAGCGUUCAGGGAGGCAGGCUUAUCAGCACCUCAGUAGGAGGGAGAAUGAUCACCGGAGCGGCCGACAUCGCAGCUAUUCUCCACCACCCCGCCGGAAUUCCUGGAGCUCUGCUGAAGAUUAUGAGCACUUCCAGGAGAAUAGCAGGCGACUUCGCCAGCACCGUUCUCAGGACUGGCCAGAAGAGAAACCCCCUAGUUAUCGUUCCAUAGAAAUCACUCCAACCAAAAGCAGCAAAUCCAGAUACCCUACAGAACAACAAUCGGAAAAAGGCAGUUCUCGCAGCGGUAGGAGCGUUGUCAUUUAGACUCUUUGCUUCACCACUGCAUC